CUAGGGCUUCUGCCGUGCGCUUAGUGUCAGUACCGGCGCCUCACCCCUCAACCUCUCGCGCGCGUCGCCGCCAUAGUCGUUCCCGUUCUACCUCAGCGCGUCGCUGCCCGUCCGCGAUUAACCACUGUCUUCCGAGAACAGAGAAGUGUCUGCUGGAUGGGCUGUAGUUAGAUAGCAGAACGAAAAGGAGAACAGUAUCACCAGCUUGUACUUCUCAUCAUGUCUCGGUCGCCACAUCUUCCUCCCCGCUGCCCGCCUCUGGGUCCUCAAAUCAUAGGAAGAGAUGACAGCUUGUUCACACAGAGCUGCAGGUUUCCAUCAGAGGAUCCUUUCUUUGGUGAACCACCCUGUUGGCUAGAUGAUCUCCUUGCAGAUUCUGGGAAAAUGCCAAACCUUCCACUUCUUAGGAGAGCUUGUAGCGACUCUGAUGCUAUCUUGGAUGCACUGAGGACAAUUCAGAGCCCAAUUUUUCCGAUUGAGGAGGGGGAUCUGCAACCAGCAGGUGAGACCGGGGACUCGUUGGAUGCUGCUGUAAGGGGUGAAAGUGAUUCGGGGGUCGAAGUUAGCUGUGUGUAUGGUCCAAAUUCGCCAAGACAGAAGUGUAGGCUGACCAGUUCAGAGAGUUCCAUUGUAAAUGCUGUCCUGGAGAAUGUCCCUAGCAACCCCUUGCAGUACCUGACCAUUGACCCGUCAACCAGUCUGCAUGGCAAUGUGGCCAAUGCAAAAGGAGAUGCAUGCGAUGAUGUAAACCAUCUAGAUCAAGACAAGUCAUUAAAAAGGCGAUCAGGCCAAAGAUCUAGGGUCCGGAAACUUCAAUACAUUGCUGAUCUUGAAAGAACUGUUGACUCUCUUCAGAACAUGGGAGCUGAUUUGGAUGUAAGAGUAGCAUCUCAUUUCCAGCUUCGCAAUGCUCUAUCAAUGGAAAACAAGCAACUGAGGAGACAGAUUGCUAGUCUUCAGCAGGCAAAACUAAUGAAGGAUGGUCAAACACAUUUCUUGAAGAAGGAAACCGAGAGGUUGAAGCAGAUCUCUGCGCGUCACCGCAGGAGCAGGAGUGUCACUUCUUGCUUUGAGCCGGGCUCAAUUGGAGCAGACCCAUCAGCAAUCAAUUGGCAGACAGUUGACAUGUCAAAGCUGAGCUUAAACGGCAGUCCUGCUCCUGUGCCCCCAAGAGGUGGCUAUGGCCUGUAAAAGCAACCUGCUCUGAUCCCACUGAGAUGAGUCGCAGCAGUAAUCCUCAGAUGUGGUUAACGAAUCACUAACCUGACCAACCAUAUAGAUUCGAGGGUUUAAUCCUUUAGUAGGAAGAAAAAGUAGUCAGUCCAGUUACCACCAAAAAUAUAAAGAGGUCGUCAGUUAAGCUUAUCUUUUGUAGGAUUUCUGCAUUGGCUUCCGGAUUUUAACACAAAUCAGAUGAAGCAAGCUUGAGCUUUGCUUGUCACUAGUGUUUGAGGUCCUAGAAAUGGAUGUUUUUCUCUGUGUUACUGCAACUGAAGCGUUCUGAUCUUCCCAUUAGCGUGGUGAUACAUGCUGGUACUGAUCUUCCGGUUAGUGGUGAUUUGGUCGCCAUUGAUGCAUGUGCUAUGUUAGCCCUAAUGUUUUCCCUCUGGUUGCUGUCUGGAGGAUGUUGUUGCUAAGUAAGCUUUUGAUGACGUU